GCUUCGACUCCUUUGUCAGUCAGCCUUCAAGGCAUUGCAGCAACUUGCCAAGCCCCGCGUACGGUCAACAACACCGUCGCUGGCUGCGCAGCUGAGAAUCAAUCAAACGACUGCCUGUGGUCGUUUGAGAUUCCCCGACCUGGCACGCAAGCGUUCCACUGUGCGGCGAGCUCUCCUCCGGAAGCACCAAGGCCACCAGCCGCAUUGCCUCCAAGUCCAGCACCGUCCUCGUCACGGCCGCCAAGCUCUCAGCCUCCAUCCCCACGGCCGCCAAAGCCAAUGCCGCCAUCCCCACGCCCGCCAAGGCCGUCCCCUCCACCUAUGCCACCAAUCAUGGCGCCCCCCUCUCCUGUGCCAAGCCCGGCGCCUCCAUCACCUGAGCCUCCAAGCCCUGAACAAACGCCGACUCCCAGCCCGCUGCCGCCCUCGCCUGCACCGCCCAGCCCGGCACCGCCCUCGCUGACACCCAGCCCGCUGCCGCCCUCGCCUGCACCGCCCAGCCCGGCACCGCCCUCGCCGGCACCCAGCCCGCGGCCGCCCUCGCCUGCGCCGCCCAGCCCUGCACCGCCCUCGCCUGCACUACCCAGCCCGGCACCGCCCUCGCCGGCACCCAGCCCGCUGCCGCCCUCGCCUGCGCCGCCCAGCCCUGCGCUUUCGUACCGUCCACCUUCCCCCCCAAGUCCACCUGCGAACUGCACGUACUGGAACCCAGGAAACGACAGCGGUCUGGUCUCAGGCGACCCCCAGGGUGGAAUUGAGACAUGCACGGACCAGGCAAGCUGUCUAGAUGUCUACCUAGACGGAAGCACAUGCAGCGUGGUCCAAGGUAGCAACGGGCCUUGGCUGUACUGCCAAGUGUGCCUGUACUGGAGCAACGAUCGUGCAUCCUGCGCCAAGUCUACCAAGGACUCCGUUAGCCACGUAUGCAUGGGCGACCAAUUCCUCCCAGUUAUGCCUACCCUUGGAAGCUCGCCAGCAAUUGGAAACACUUAUAAGCUGGAUGGCUGGAGUUCAGGAGUAACCAAUCGCUACUGCCAGUGGGCCCGCUGGAACAGCACCAACAAUGACGCUGAAACCGUACGAUUUACCGUCAAGGAUGGUAGCGGUACAUGCCGUAACGCGCCUACACCGUUGUCAGUCACCCUCAAGGGCAUCACAGCAACGUGCCAAGACCCUCGCGUGGUCAACAAUACCGUUGCCGGCUGUGGCGUUGGAGAUCAGGACAACGAGUGCCUCUGGUCCUUCAAUAUCCCACGGCCUAGGGACAGAUGUGCGCCGCCUUCACCACCGGUACCGCCUGCCCCGCGUCCUCCAUCCCCUAUGCCCCCAAGCCCCGCACCUACACCAGUGAGGUUGCCGCCACCUUCACCUUCCCCGCGCCCAAGCCCAUUGCCGCCCUCGCCAGCGCCGCCUAGCUCCAACCCUUCAAACUCAAAGAAGAGCCCGCCGCCCCCGCCAAGCCCGAGUCCUCCGUCACCAUCACCGCCAAGCCCUGCACCGCCCUCUCCAGUACCCCCGAACCCAGCACCGCCCUCUCCAGUACCGCCAAGCCCAUCACCACCCUCGCCGCGACCAAGCCCACGUCCGCCUCCUCCAACCCCGCCGAGCCCCGCUCCCUCGCCCCCAGCCCCUCCACGCCCACCGCAGCCACCAACCCCGCCUCCUCCUCCCACAAGUGACUUCUGCCUGUACUCGAACCCAGGAAACGACUCUGGCAUAGUGGCAGGCAACAAAAAGGGCGGUAUCGAGACUUGCACCGACCAAGCUGGCUGCUUGGACGUGUACGUAGACGGCCGUACGUGCAGCAUGACGCAAGGCAGUGGCGGCUCCUGGCUGUACUGCCAGGUUUGCCUGUACUGGAGCGACAAUCGUGAUGCAUGCGUCAAGUCGGACACGGACACCGUCAGCCACGUAUGCAUGGGCGACCAGUUCUACCCAGUGAUGCCGACUGCCGCGAGCUCACCUGCGGCUGGCAACACGUACAAGCUGGAAAGCUGGAGCGCGGGCGUCAACAAUCGCUACUGCCAAUGGGCUCGGUGGAACAGCUCGAACUACGGAACGGAGACCGUACGGUUCACUGUGAAGGACGGCAGUGGCACAUGCCGGGAUGUGGCAACACCUUUGGCGGUCACCCUACAAGGCGUGUCCGGCACUUGCCAAUCCCCACGCGUGGUCAACAACACCGUUGCUGGCUGCGGUACUGGAGACCAGGACAACGAGUGCCUCUGGUCGUUUAAUAUCCCACGGCCUGGCACCCCUGACUUCAAGUGCGCACCGCGUCCGCCUUCGCCACCCAGUCCGUCUCCACCAACCAUACGGCCGCCAUCACCUGCUCCGCGAAGCCCUCCGCCCCCUUCACCGCCUCCGCCAAGCCCGACGGCAGUUUCACUCGCUGGGCGGGCUUACUUCGUUGGCCCGACUGGUGCCUGCACGGGUACUAUUUCGGGUUCCUCGGGCAACGUUACAGCUUCGGCAAGCGGGGAUGUCACAGCAAGCUGCGCAAAGGGAUCAUUGGUCACGGCCCAGCUUGGAACUUCGUGCACAGACGCGUACACCGGCUUGCGCUUGCCGUACAGCAUUUCAGCGCCCUACUACGCUUCAGCAGGCGCCAAUCAGCCGCUCGUAAUCAGCCCCGUAACCAAGGUACUGCAGUACUGCGACGUGUCGUACCGAACCAGUGACUCUGCGGUGCAAACGGCAUAUGGCUUGUUCGGCAUCUCCACCGGUUCGUCGACAAGGACGGGUGCCGUUGACGCGCUCAAGCAUGCGGAUGCCGACGUCAGGCUGUCGGGAGUACGGAUGCUCUUCACGGAUGCCUCUUUGUCAUCACUCGUGGUCCUUGCCACCUCAGCCCUCAGUGCCCUGCCUGCCGGCAGAGUGCCUCUGUGCCGCACCAACGCUACAAAGGUUGACGCCAUUUACACCACACUGGCCCAACGGGCGGAAGAAUCUGGCCAUGUCGACUUGCGCGCCGAAGGCCUGUUCAGCAGCGUCGUCCAAGACACGGCAUACAACCUGUGCGGAGCAGCUGAUGCUGAUCUCACCGCCACAGAAGUAUCGGACCUGUUCGCCCAGGCUGAGCUGCUUUACAAUGCAGCCGUGGCAGAGCUUGCAAUCGACGGGCCGCGUGCAUCAGCAUAUGCAGCGCUCCCGCUGUAUGCUUUGUCAGGUGCAAUGCGUGUCGCGUAUGUGACGCAAGGCAGAGCCCCUGCAGCGUUGGCAGCGGCAGCGAACGGCGACAUGACGGCCGUCGAGCAGCUGGGCAACGGUUGGGCUGAUGAGCUUGCCGCCGCUCCUGUCAACUUAACCAAAAUGGCGGACGCAUUGGGCUUGGAGUCUGUCACGUCCGUCUCCGACGUGGACGUCCUGGUCCGCUCAACGGGUGCUCUAACAGAUUGCCAGCUCGACGUCAUGUACAUGUACCCGUGGCGCAAGGCCGCGGUCACAACAUCGUCUUCUGGAUCUGCCUUCCUGGAGAGCGCCUCCAGCGCGCUGGUGACCGUUCCCGCCGGCUGCUUUGAUGUGGCAGUUUGGAGCAGUACCCAGCUUUCAAUGCGGGCCCUGCUGCCUUUCCCCAGUGGCAGCAACGCCGUGGUCAAUCCUUUGGCACAUCUUGCGACGGAGACAUUCUACGUGUCUGUUAACGGCUCCGCACCCCGUUACAUUGCAACCGAUGACUACACUCGGGUGUACGGAGCCUUCGGGCUGCUGCCGGAGGAUCUGCCUGAAGGAACCGACUUUGUGCGCCAGGACUGGUCAUCGGGCAGCAUUAUUGACCUACGCGCCAAGCUUGCCAACAUGCGCCAGCUGGCAGUGAUUGGCCCCACAUGCCACUUCAUAAGCGGCCUGUUCAGUGACACGAUCAGCGGAGAUACUGCUGCUGAGGAGGUACUUCCACGCAUGGCCAAGGACCUGCUGUCGGGCACCAUGAACAUCACGGACACGGAGUACGUGAAGACCCUUAUGUUCAGCAGCUAUGACGCCCUGGCACAGCAACCAAGCAGGAGACGUCUGCAGGAAGUCCUCAGCGGCGACCUGAUUGACGGUGUGUUCACCUCGGUGGCCACCACUGUGGUUGCCAGCGUUGAAUACCUGCUGGAGCUGGAGUACCAACUGCUGCACGGUACUUUUGACACAGUCAACAGUGUCAGUGUUACCAACGCCCUCAUGCGAAACGCAGAGGGAGUGGCUAUCGUGCAGCAGACCACGCUGCAGACCACCCUCGACACCCUCGCCGCCGCGGCAGUCUCGGGUGAUGCAGCUGCCGCGUCUCGUAUCACACCCACCCUUGAGGCUCAGUUCACUGGCGAUGCUCUCAAGGCUCGGGUUAAGGCGACUGCGUCCAGCCCACCGCCGCCGGGCCAGGUCCUGGUUGACCCAGGAACAGGCUCAGGCAGCAGCAGCAACACUACCUCCAGUGGCAGCGGCAGCAGCGUUGGCGCCAAGGUUGGCAUCAUUGCUGGCCUCACUGUUGGUGGCGCUCUCAUUGCCAUCCUCGCAGUCGUAGUGGUGCGUCGCGCCAAGAGGUCAAGCACCGUCGCUCUGGACCCCUACACUGCCCCGUCAGGCCCAUCACAGCACCUGCAUACCGAGUCUCAUCGCCCCGGCUCCGAGGUGGAACCCCUGGCUAGCUCACUGCGCUUGGGAGAGGUGUCUACCAUUGCACCACUUCCAUCAAGUAGGCGGCCGAUACUGCCGGAUCCGCAUGGUCCUGGUGGCAUGCCAUCUUCUUUCGUUUCAUCGCAAGAGGUUCUGCCAUCGCCUGCUGAAGAGCCCGGAUCUGAGCAGCCAACGGAGGAGCAAGGCCGUCUCUUCACACCCUCGAAGCGGACCAGGCAGAGCAGCUCUGCACCCCCGGCGCUUGAGACCGACACCCUUCGCCUGCAGUCCAUUGCGGACAUGCCCGGCCAGCUGGGAAGCGCCAAUCCACGUCGCUGGACAGGCCAACACCUGCUCUCCUCGCCGCCCCAGGCCGUGACAGAGCAGUCAAGGCUGGCCAAGACCACAAGCCACCAAUCGCUUGCAGCCCGUCCCUCGCAACGCCGCGUCAGCGCACUCAUCCAGCUGGAUCGUGAGGUGCCGCCACGGCGUGUGACGCUGUCCGGAUCUGACCUGUCACCUCGACCCGCCGCCCAGCAGGAGGAGAACAACUCUCGCCUGGCCGUCGUCUCCCGCGCCACCUUCGGCCGGCCGGUCAGUGAGCCGACUACGCAGAACCAGCGCCGCACAACGGUCUCGGGCGCAGGUGGAGAGCAUCAGCGCAGCGGUGGCGCCACCCCGGGCAGCCCAGCAACACCGGCAUCGGAGGACUACGUCUUCAUCCCCAGGCCGCCA